CUCCACUCACCUCCACAAACACCCAAACAGCCAACAACGCACCCAAAAAUACAAAACUAGGACAACGACCUAGAAGAAGACCAGCGAUGAUGCACAAGGACUUGAGGGUGGCGGAAGCGGAGCACGUUGGCCAACACGUGGUGGCCACCAACGCCAUCCAGACUGGGGAGACGCUGGUCCUCGCACAAGGAUGGAGAUUCAAUACGGAAAACAACGACGCUAUCGCCUUUCUCCGCUUCAUCGGCGCAGCCCUUGCGUCGGACGAUAGGGAGCAGCGCACAAAGUCGCAGCAGCUGGUGGAAGAGUUUCAGGAUGUGUGCCCGCGACGGGAGCCAGCGGAGGACGCAGCAGCCCCAUCAGACCCACUGCUCGCUUGGGUUCCUGACGUGGACCUCUACAAGAAGAAGCUAGACCAGAACUGCUUUGACCAAGGCUUCUUCCCUGCUGCCAGCAAGUUUAAUCACUCAUGCACCCCCAACGCGGAAGGCAUGUGCCUCACCGCUCAUGACGGCGUUAACUUCUUCGAGGUUAAGGCAACGCGGCCGAUUGCUGCCGGAGAGGAGGUGUGCAUCUCAUACUUGGGGGUGCCACAGAUCAUGCUGCCUGCAGACCAACGCCGUGCUCUCCUUCGCACCAACUACGAAUUCACGUGCGCGUGUGCACGAUGCACUGAUGAGGACAACGGCACCAUCAACGCCACAUCCGUCUGCAACUCGCUUACAAAACUCAGCCCGUGCUGCGGUGCAGACUUGGCCGCCAUGCAGAACUGGUACACGUGCGUGUCGUGCGGUGCGCGCCAUGACGAAAACAAGGAGGCGGACGAACGUUUGACGUGCGGAUUCCGGGCAGCAGCGGCAGCGGCCUGGCUCAACAGCAUUCCCGACGUCAUCCGCGUCCACAAUUCGCUGUGCGAGGGCCUGCACCGCCAGCACUGGAUAUGUGCCACCCUCCGCGUGCGUCUGCUCCACCUCCUUGACCGCCGCCGUGAGGAGAUGCGUCUGCAGGACAAGCGCGAGCAGGAGCUCUUCACGCGCCACCCGCACAUACUGCAGGAUCGAUUGCUGCUGCCGCGGGAAGAACGACAGCGGUUUAGGGAAGAACGAUGCGAGUUUGAACGCGAGCGCGCGUCGCUCCACAUUCUCCACGCCAUCCUGCUGCAUCGACAGAUGUACGCGUGUGAUGCGGUGCUGCCGCGUCUCUCGGCAACGGCCAUGGGCGCGUGUGCACAGAGAUCGGAGGCGUGGCAGGCAGCAAGCACGCUGCUUGGAGAGCUGGUGUGGGACCUCAAGGCGGACGCCAAAGAGCAGCAGCAAUGGGAACAGGAACAGCAGCAGCAGCAGGAAGCGGAGGAAGAGGACGAGGACGAGGACGAGGACGUGGACGAGGACGAGGAGGUGCAGUUGCGACAGAAAGAACGGACGGCGAAGCAGCCGCAGCAGCAACAACAACGGCUUGAACAGCAGCCGCAGCCACUUAAACAACAACAGCAGCAACCACUUAAACAACAACAGCAGCAACCACUUAAACAACAACCUAAACCGCAGCAGCAGCAAGAACAGCAAGGGCAGCAGGGGCAGAAGCAGCGUCGCAGGGGUCUCACCACGUACGAGCAGUGGACUGCGCUUCCUCCUCUGCCGUACCCGGACGACAUUACCAGAACAUUCCAAGCCAGCUUUGAUGCCGCAGAUGCUGUCGUGCGCUGGUUGGACUACCUCAACAUGGCGUCACUGAGCGAAGCUGCUCGUCGCCAGAGCGAAAUUGCCUGGCCAGCCUCCAACCACGUUCCCAUGCUGCAGGAAGACAGGUAACACUCGACGAGAAAGCGCUCUCGCUGGCGUUGCCCCCGUGUGAUAUUUCGUGUGUGUGUAUGUGUGUGUGUGUCUGUGUGUGUGUGUGUGUGUGUGUGUCUGCGUCUGUGUGUGUGUGUGUCUGUGUCUGUGUCUGUGUCUGUGUCUGUGUCUGUGUGCGUGCGUGUCCGUGCUGGCAACUCAUCAUCAGCGUGGCAAGCGCAAUAAACAAACAAUGGUUCAA